GAGCCAUUCUCAGGAGCGAGUCCUUUGCACUGCACACAAGCAAGAGGAGGAAACUGCAGCUGUUACUUAAAACACUGCCUUUUGAUGACCUGCUUUGCAUUUGGACACUUGUAGACCAGAUUUUUUGGUGUUUGAGCAGAGGGGGGGCGAGCCUCUGGACUUGAAGACAGAGCAAGACUCACCUGAGCACACUGGUGGAUAUCCUUCCUGCAACUGUUCAUUCCAACACUACAAAACCUAGUUCUCAUCACCACCACAUUCGCCAGUCGAGCAGAUCAAGAGCAGGCUCCAGUUUCUGCGCUGUGAAAUUGAAUCAGAGGAACGGAGAGGCAAUACAGCAGAGGCAUUGUGUCCCUGCAAUUGAAACACUAACCAGCUGAAAAUAUCAAAGACCAUCCUGGACAAAGCUUUCUUCUCAAUCCUCCAUUGCUUGUCUAAAAUCGGCUGUUGAAGUAUAAAGUGAUCAAAAGCUGCACGACAUUCAGAGAGAGCAGGGAGGCUGAGGGGACCAUACACGAGGGAAAAGGACUGUGUGCAGGUGCAAGGGCUGCCAUGGUGCGUGGAGGUGGUGUAGCUCCAUCCUGCAGGGGCCUGUGGGUGUUUGGCGCCCUGUCGCUGGUGGCGCUGUGCUUGUCGGAUCAAGCUAUUCGCUGCCCCGUGUGCUCAGAGGAGAGGCUGGCCAGCUGUCGUCUGCCAGACGGCUGCGAGGAGACAGUGCGAGAGCCCGGCUGCGGCUGCUGUCCCACCUGCGCCCUGCCUAAAGGUGCGCACUGUGGCGUCUACUCACCCCGAUGUGGAACAGGCCUUCGCUGCUACCCACCGCGGGGUGUGGAGAGGCCACUGCACUCGCUGAUGCAUGGCCAGGGGGUGUGCACCGAUGAGCGGGAGAUGGAAGAGAACUCAGCGAUGGACAGGCAGGAUGAGAUCAUCCCUGAGCACCCGAACAACAGCAAUAUCCGGUGCAGUCCACAAGACAAGCGCUGCAUACAGAAGACCCUGGCCCGGCAUCCUCCGAAAUCCACGAACCAGAGGAGCAACACUGCCAGGGAGGAGACCAAGGCGGUGCUGGCUCCAUGUCGUGCUGAGCUACAAAGAGCCCUGGACAGACUGGCAUCAAAUACCCGCACACAUGACGAUCUCUUCACAAUCCCUAUACCCAACUGUGACAAGAACGGAGACUUCCACCCUAAACAGUGUCACCCUGCACGUGAUGGCCAGCGGGGAAAGUGCUGGUGUGUGGAUCAGAAGACGGGCAUGAGGCUGCCGGGGCCGUUGGAGCAGCGAGGGGAUCUGGACUGUCACCAGUUAAUGACUGCCACCCUGAGGGAUUGAGGAGUGUGGUGUGGUAGUGGGGGUGCAGGACCAGCUGAAUUCUACUGGUGCUUAUUAGUAGACCUACAUGAGGAAAGGACUUCGCCCUAAAGCCUCACUUCAACGAAGGCCAAUGAUACUUGACCUUGCGCAACAAAAAGGAAACCAUUGAAUUGAGUUCUUUUGCUAUUUUGUUUCUGUGUGUGACAGUUUUUUUUUAUCAGUGUUUUAAGCACUUGUUUAUUGUUUCUACUGUGUGAACCUAAGGCCCAUAGUCUUUAGACUGGUGGCAGAAAAUAAGCCCUUCCACAGAUAAGAGAUGUAGUCGUGAUAUUUAGAGAAGAAAAAGGUGUUGUUUUCUCUAGUCUAACUUCAGUGUCGUAUUCUUGAAUAGUGACAAGAAAAUGCAUCAACCCGAGCAGAGAGUCAGACCUGAGUCACAACGGGAGCUGUUCAUAUUUGUUUUAUUCUUUCUGGAGCAUCUAGAUCAGUACUAAUUACUGCAUCAGCACAAUCCAGAAAGAUUCUCAAUUAAAGAACUGUGUACUAGUUUAUUCACACAAUAUGUGUAAAUUGUUGUAAUGUGUGGCUCUUACUUUAUUGUCCUAUACGUUGUAAACCCCACCCCAUCUGGAAAACUGGUCAAAAUAAACCAUAAAACAUGUUUGCAAGCACAAAGUCUAGUUUAGCGACGACACAAGAGUAGCAAUAAUAGAUAGGACGAGAACAACAUAUUUAAUCAAAAAAGAAAAAGGGGUAACAAAGGAAUGCAUAAAUCGCCUGCCUUGAAUUAUCAUAGGAUAAACCAUAGCUUUUCACAACAUGGAGACCAAAGUGAAAACACACUCAAUUGAAAAACUGUAUCUGUAAAAAGCCUGGAAUAGAUUUUCUUCAUCACCCUGUGGUUAACUCUAUGUUCCCCUUUAGUUGCAGACGAGCUCUCUCCAGUAGGAGGACUGGCAGUGUAGCUGGGCUAGAAACUCUGUACACUGCUGAUAGGAUAAUCAGAUUUUUCCAGCUGGUGCUAAGAUGCCAGUGUGACACUCAUGUUUGCAGCAUACAGGACUUCUCUCCAAACAGACUGCUUGGCAGAUCUUUGGUGGUGCUAUACACUGAUUGUGCCAAAACGACCAAAAAUAAAUGGCUUCUGCACUUUUUUGGGCAUUGUUUAGGAUUAGAACAGAAGACAGACAUUUUCAGGAAGUGGUGCAAUUAGCAUCACCAAGUGUGAGGAGCACCUCAAUGUGUGACCAUCUGCAUAAGUCAUUGACAAAGGCCUUCCGUGUGUGAUUUCAUGUUAUUGUCAAAAUAUGAACGUAACAUCCCACAUUAGCUUUGCACUAUCAUCCCAGCUAACUGACUGAAUGUUUCAUUGGCCACUGCAGCAAAUAACAGGUAUGAUGUCUUUUAAAAAAACAAGCAGAAUGUAAUAACUUGUAAUGAUUUUGGGGCAGCAUUGCAACAUGUAGCGAACAUGAAGCCUUGAAUGGAGGACUCUGGUGUAGCAGUAAAGAUAGUAAUGAUCAUAAGAACCGUGCUCUGUUAAUCUGUCAAUGGUAGUUAAGCAUCAUCAUAUCUUCUAUAGACAAUCACACUAAUAAUUAAAGGAGUCACUAAGCAAUUCCUCAAAUGUUUUAUACACCAUAGGACGAACUGGUAAUACUCUUAUAGCAAUUCUUUUGUACUGGUGGAGUGCAGUGCAUGAGAGUAGCAGGUUUAAGCUAAUGCUGGUGUUUGUCAUCACCAGAUAUGGACAGCCUGCUCCCACUGUUCUAUAGGACACUUAUUAUUGACUCAAGAAAAGAUUCCUCUGGGUGGUCACUUCUGAAAUGAUCUGGGCCUGAAUUAACUGGAGAAGAGGGACAAAGCGAGUCAAGUCAUCCCCACACAGCAUUAAUGCCAACCUAACUAAUCCUUAGUGUGGAGAUUGUAGUAUAAUAAUAUUUUGAAACGAAAUAAACUACCACACUCUGAUUUUACCUCAAUAUCAGUUAAGCUUUAAAUAUGACUGUUUGAGCACAGGACCCUGACAGAGGUUAUUCAGCUCCUCAUAUAAAUAAGAAAAGUACCACGGAAAUGAUUAUUAGUAUUAUUGUUAUUGUUGUUGUUGUUAGUUCUCGUUAUUAUUUCUCACGUUUUUCCAUAUUGAAUCUGCUCUAAUCAUUCCAAAAUGCACUAGUAUAUCCAUAUAGUCAGAGAAAAGAAAGGCUAAAAACCUAAAACCUUUAGGUUGGCUCUCACCAAGUAAUCUCAACCCAGCUGAUAUGGAUCAGCCCAUCCUGAAAAUAAAUUUGACAAAUGUUGCCUGUUGUCACCAGUCUGAGGGUUUCUCUGAUGUUUCUCAGUGUAUCCUGAAGGUACUUGAGGGUGUGAGGGGGAAAUUCUAAAGAAUUAAAACAACCCGUCUACUAUUUGUACACAUAACAUUUCAAGUGCACCUUUUGUUCCAUGAAUUUGCUCAGAAAUGUAACAUAAAAUGAAAGAGAAUAACAAAUAACUUUCUAUAGAUUCACAGCCUGUAAUGUUUAAUCACAUACAACAAUUAUCCAAGGUAACCUAAUAUCAGUCAGAACUCACGUUUGGUCCUCUAUUUCUAAUCAAACUGCAUAUGCUAGAAAUGUAAUCUAAUCAUUGAAGCCAUGGUGAGUUUAUCACCUUUGCUGGAGACACAGUAUGAUCACCUGAUGACCAGUUUGACCUAUCAUUAAAGAAGAGAUGUAGCCAAUGGUUGUUCACCAAAACACAGACAGAUAGAGAAAAUGAUGGUCUGAGUGGAGAAUCAUUGCUCCGGUUUAAAAGUAUCAAAAACCAAAUAGCUCCUGAGACCUCAAUAUUCAUUCAUUCAUGAACUGCAUGCACACAGCAUUCCUAUCCAAUCUUAUCAUUCAUCAGCUAAUGAGGUGUUACUAAACACAUUCAAACACGCUCCUCUGUUAAAUCGUCUUAAUCUUUGAGAGGUGGCUUUGAUUUUUAAAAGGCCUUCUAACUACAUAAACUGUGUGUUUAAGCUAUAGCUAUUGCUUGAUCUUUAACUUUGCUGUACUGACCUGUAAUUGCAUUUCUUGAGAGUAGAAUGUUCCACUUUGAUAUUAUCUGUUCAUGUGUAAUGUUUGCAUGCAUCCAAAUGGACUGGGGUUGGGAACAGCUGAGCUCUUGUGUAUCUUGUCCAGAGCAGGACUGUUACAGUAUAUUCAAACACUGAAGUGAUCAAUGAACUGAAAUAUAGAUCAUCAACCAAUGAAAAAAUCAGUUACAUUGUAAAUGUUUACCUGAUGAAAAUGUAUACAUUGUAAUACAUCAAUUAAAACACUUAAGAAAUGUCAA